GGAGUGUAAAGCAAAGCUGGAACUUGAACCUGGGCUCCGACAGGCAAUGUGGGCAUUCCAAUUAAUGCCUGUUCCCAAAGUGCAUGUUCUCAGUGGAAGACCUCUCCUACUUAUUUAGUGUUCAAUUAGUUCAGAAGUGUGAUUCCUAAGAGGACAUAAACAAUUCUCUUUUUUUCUUGCAGUUAGAAGAUUUAAAAAAAUUCAUGAAGAAUCUGUGCACUGAGAAGAAUUUACCAAGCUUCCAGUUGAAGUUUUAGCAAAAAAUGAUAGAAUGGAGAAGGUGGUUGAAUCCAGGUCUUCUAGGGGUGGUGCCCUCAAGAAGGCUUAUUCUCCAAAGAUGAUAUCCAACAGGAGGUCUGCCUUCUCGGGGAUCCGGAGGGAGCUGCCCGGUACCAGCCACCCAGCACAGCAUCUCUCCUCCCGGGCUAGGAUGCGACAGGGCCGGCUGAGAGAAUUGCGCAGCAGGUGUGUGGGCAGGAAGUACUUGUAUCUGUGGAUCCGCGUGACCUUCGGAAGAGUAUUUCCCUCUCAGGCCAGGUUUUACCAUAAGCAGCGAGUCCUAAGGAGGGUCUUUGAAGCGUGGAAAGAAGAGUGGUGGGUUUCCCACCAGGAGUGGAAACUCUGUGUCCGAGCCGACUGUCACUACAGGUACUACUUGUACAACCUGAUGUUCCAGAACUGGAAGAGCUACGUGCGGCAGCAGCAGGAGAGCAGGAUCAAGUCCCUGAUGGCAGAGGAGCACGAUGCUAGGCAAAAGGUGCGACGGGCCUGGAAGUCCUGGCUGAUCUACGUGGUCGUUCGUCGGACCAAGCUAGAGAUGCACGCUGCUGCUCUGGAAUUCAGGCAGCAGAGUAUCUUACGGGUGGGGUGGAGGAAGUGGAGGCAGCAGCUGGGACAGGCCUGCAGGAGCCGUGCCCUCCAGGCGUCAGCUGUGAAGCACCGGGCUCUGAACCUCCAGCUGCAGGCUUGGUCUCAGUGGCGGGAGCAGCUUCUGCAAAGCCAGAGGGGGAGAGAGAAGGCGGUCUCUGCGGUGAUACACCAUCAGAACCGGCAAAAGCAGAGGUGCCUGCAGGCCUGGCUCAGAUACCUGGACGUCCGCAGAGCGAAGAGGCAGAAGAAUGAGAUGGCCAGGCGAUUCCACCGUGCUACAAUGCUUCAGAUCCACUUCUGUGAUUGGCAGUGGGCCUUGGAGCGGAGGCAGAGCUUGUACGCCCAGCAGGCCCCAGUGCAGGAGCUGGCCAAGAGGAUGGCCCUGCGAAGGGCCUUUGUGCACUGGAAACACUACAUGCUGCUGUGUGCGGAGGAAGUAGCCCUGGUGGAGAUGGCAGAGGAUCACUACAGGCUCAGCCUGCUGCACUUUUGCUUUAGAGCCCUGAAAGGCAACGUGGCCCGUGCCCGUCUGCAGCGAAUCAGGAAGAAUCUGGCUCACCAGCAGCACAGUGUGACGCUGCUGCGCAGGUUCUGGGACCUCUGGCAGUGUCGGAUUGAGCAGAGGGAGGAAAGAGAGCAGGUGCCCUUACUGCACACGGCCUGGGACCACUACAGGACAGCUUUGCAGCACAAGUGUAUCAAGUCAUGGUUACAGUAUACCCGGAAGAGGCAGCACAAGCAGCUGCAGCGGGCCAGAGCAGAUGGUCACUUCCAGCAGAGAGCCCUGCCUGCCACCUUCCAUGCCUGGCACGGACUCUGGAGGUGGCGCCAGCAGGAAAGCAUUCUGUACGUGCGAGCGACCCGCUUCCACAGGGAGACGCUGGAGAAGAAAGCGUUUUCCCUCUGGUGGCAGAAGAUGCUGGAACAUCGAGAGAACCGCUUGGCAGAGAGAAUGGCCAUCCUCUUCGCGGAGCAGCAGUUACUGCGCAGGUCCUGGGCCGUGUGGCGCCAGCAGGCAGCAGCGCGUCACCGGGAGCAGGAGUGGCAAGCCAUGGCCUGCGCCCACCACUGCCAUGGGAGGCUCAGGAAAGCAUUCUGUACCUGGAGGGACAGUGCCUGGAGCCUGCGAACAGAGAGGACGGGCAGGGCACAGGCUGUGAAGAUGCACUCGGCGCGGCUCCUGCGUUGGGCCUGGAGCAGGUGGCAGGAGAGCCUGGCCCUGCAGAGAGCCGAGCAGCGGAAGCUCCUGCGGGCAAACCUGCACCAUCAGCGUGCCCAGCUGCGCCAGGCACUGCGGAAGUGGCUGACUUACCGGGAGCAGGUGCAGCGUGUCUUGCAGGAGGUGGCUGCCAGGGAGAGGCGGCACCACAGGCGGCUACUGCGGUGGGCGUUACACCGCUGGAGGCAGAACACCGUGGCCCGUGUAGAUGAAGCCAGGAGAGCCUCUCGGGCAGAGGCUCACUACAGAAGGACCCUGUGUUCCAAGGUCCUGAUCCAGUGGCGGGAGGUGGCCUCCGUGCGGAUCUAUUACCGACAACGGGCAGCCUGUACCGUUGUGGAGGCUCAGAAGGCGCUGGAGAGAGGCCGUCUGCGGACCUGGUUCCGGCGCUGGCGGGACUGCAGUCGGAGGUCAGCCCAGCAGCGGGCCCAGCUGGAAAGGGCAGCCCAGCAUCACGGCCGGCAGCUGCUGCAGGAGGGCCUGGCACAGUGGAAGGUGUACCACCUGGGCUGCGUCAGGAAACGGCUGCUGCAAAGGCAAGGUGCCCGCCUCCUGGCACGGCGGCUCAGCUGGACCUGCUUCCACCAGUGGAGACGACAGCUGGAGGCCAGGAGGCAGGAGCAGCAGGCCACGGCACGGGCCCUGUGGUUCUGGGCCUUCUCACUGCAAGCAAAGGUGUGGACAGCAUGGCUGGGCUUCGUGCUGGAGAGGAGGCGCAAGAAGGCGCGGCUGGAGCAGGCGCUGCAGGUCUACCACCAACAGCUCCUCCGACAGGGCGCCACGCAGCUCCUGCGCUUCACUGCAGACAGGAAGGCCGCUCGGCAGCAGCUGCAGGCGCAGCAGCAGGUCCAGGCUGCCCACAGUCUCCACCGUGCAGUCCUCCGCUGCGCCCUGCUUUGGAAACACAAAGUGCUGGGCAGGGGGCCUCGGCCCGCAGCCCCCGUAAUUCCCAACAGGCGAGUGACGUUUGAGGGUCCCCUCCUCGAUCGCGCUGCUCUUCAAGCUGUGGACGCCACCCUGGAUACCAAGAGGCCCCGAGCUCCCUGGCCCCAGGGCAUCCUAGACAGUGCAGCCCUGGCCGCUGGGGAGCCCUCCCUGCGGCAACUCGGUGCUGCAGUCUUGGCAAGGAAGCAGCCGCGACGCCCACACUUCCUGCUGGAGCCUGUGCAGAGCCUUGGGUCCUUGGGGACUGAGAAGCCACAGGCACGUGGCCAGCCCUGCCCUUCCCUCCUGAGACCCCUCCAGCCGGGGGCCCUGGCGAGCGCCCCACACCCAAAGCUGCCCCCAGGGGCAAGUGCAGGCCCAGAACUGCUGCCUCCUUCCUCCUUUGUGCCCCGCGGGGCCGGAGCACCAGCAAGGGUGUCAGCCCUCCUGACCUCUCCUGGACUUAAGAUCCAGGACCCUCCACCCCCGACCAGUGUGCCUAACCCCCACCUGCUGCUCCCGGGGGACUUCACGGGUACCAGGGCUGAGCCUGGCCCUGAAGUGGCAGGCCACACGGACCUUGAGGACGAGCUGGAGGGGAUCCAGCAGCAGCUGCAGCGCUACCAGACCACCCAGCAGAACCUCAGGUCCUGUCAGCGCCAAGCAAGCAGCCUGCGCAGGUGGCUGGAACUAAGCAGGGAGGAGCCCAGGCCCGAGGACCAGGCUGAGGAGCAGCAGGUGCAGAGAGAGCUGGAGGAGGUGGAGAUGGAAAUCCAGCAGCUGGCUGAAGAGCUGCGGGCCCAGCGCCAGCCAGUCGGGGCUUGCAUUGCCCGCAUCCAGGCCCUGCGGCAGGCUCUGUGCUAGGCUGCUGGCCCUGCCCUGCGGGGGUGGCCCUGGGCCAUUUCCAGAAUGGAACACAAAGCCACAAUGGAUUUUAUAUUUCUUAUUUCAAAAUGU